AAUAUAAAAAAUCAAAUACAAAAUAAUUAUUUUCAAGUGUUAUAUUGCCAAUUGUGGCCAGGUGUUGCCAACAGACAGGAGCAAAGAGUCCGGUUCAAGCGAUAACAACUGGAAUAGGCGGGUUCGAUCCUCGAUUGAAUCGAGAAGCAUUCAUUUUGCAGUUCGUAAAAGAUGAGCUAUGCGAAUUGCAGUCAGUUCUGCUCGCUGGACCAGCUGCGAGCCUGGGUGGAGUGCAGUCCCCUGGCCCACAAGUGCCUCAUCAUUCACAUGACCAACGAUCUGGAUCAGAUCAUAAAUGGAUUCGAGACGGUGCGCAAAUUGGCGCGCAACUGGGAUGAGGAUAUGCAGCGUCCCCUGCUGGUGGCCGUCUGUAUGCUCUUUCUCAUCCAUGGUCCGCUGGAGCCGCAGAAGAAUAUGCGCAGCCUGCUGUUCCGUGUGCUGGGCCUGAUGGAUACCAAGGAUCCGAUGAGCGUUCACGGUCAUGUCGAGUAUCUGCUGGGCGAGCUGCACAAGGUGGAUGUGGACCAGGACACUAUUUUGCUCCAUUUGGCGCUCGGGCUGGUGCGUGCCAAUGCACGCGGCCUGCCCAUUGGCGUUUGCAUGCUCUGGUCAAUAAUUGGCCAAAUCUUGAAUCUGGACAUAACAAUGCAUCGGUAUCGCGAGUUCAAGGAGCUGGCCCAGGCUCUCGGUCCGGUGGCCCGCUUCAGCCUGGCCGAAAUGGGCAACAGCCAGCUAAGCGAGCUGGGCCUGCUGCUGGAGACAAUGAAUCGCAUCAUGGAGCUGGUGAUGCUCACCAAUAACGAUGACCUCAAGCUGGCCGGCUAUCCCGAUCAUUUCUUUCAGAUGCGACGCAACGAUCUCGAGUCCAUGCUCAACUGGGCCACAACCAUACUCUAUCAGAUCCACAUGAACUGUCGCUGGCUCGGACAGAUUGGCUCCCAGGUCAGCGCUAUGGUGAGCAUAUUGAAUCGCAUCAAGCUGGAAAUACCGGAGCUAGUCGAAGAGGAGGAGCAGCCGAAGAUGUGGCAGGCGCCCAUCGAUACCUACUCGGAUCUGGACGACUGAUCUAUGCCCUACGCUUAGCAAUUACCAUCUACACGCAGUAUUAGGCAAACGACUCGCUUUGAAAGCACUCAAUUCAUGUUCAUGUUCCGAGAAUACAUGCUCAAUAUGCAAAUGCAACUUA